AUGUCAGAAUACAAGGCCAAUUACAACCCCUAUUGCUUUGAUCCUGCAAAGCCAUUUUUACCCGAGGCCGGUAUUGUGGCCUCCAACGAGCCCAUUUCGGACCAGACAACUCACAGGGUUGACUAUGUUCCCAAAACUAUAUGUCCACCCUAUCGACAUGAAAAAGGCGCCUAUAAGCCUCCCACAGUGCCAAUUGAGAGCACAACCAACUACCGUAACGAGUACACGCCUAAAAAGUGUCCACCGCCAGGUCCCUGUAUACCUUCACCGAAGUACGAUUGUCCCGUCAAGUUCGAUGGAAAUCCAACAUACAGAAGUGACUACAGGCCUUGGAACCUCCCUCCUGUGGAGCGACACCAGAGGAGACCCUACAAGCCUCCUGAUACUCCGUUUGAGGGCCUCCCAACGUAUCAGGCAGACUACGUGCCCAAGUGCGAUGCCAGACGCUCCAUCAUGAGACCAGAUGCGAACCUGACAGUGUCUAAAAAUCCGCUUGAGGGUCUUACCAAUUACAAGGUCGAUUAUGUACCACACCCUCUGCAACCCUGCUGUCCUAAAGAAAAACCACCGCCCGCCAAGGCUCGUGUUCCGUUCUCCGGCCUCUCUACAUUCCAAUCCGAUUACACACCCAAGCAAUUUUGCAGCCUACAACCCUUCAAGCCAACAAGCAGCAAUUUUGACAGCAACGAGCCAAUGAGUCAGGACACAACUCAUCGAGUUGACUACCCUCAGCACCCCGCCUGCAUCCCCUACAGACAUGUCCGUGACCCCUACAAGAAACCCGAUGGUGUCAUGGAAAAGGGCACAUCGUACAGAUACGAUUAUCCUGUUCCGCCAUUAUGCAAGCAAGAGCCAUUGCCCAUCCCCGAGGCUCCAAAGUGCCCAGCUGCUUUUGACGGCACUACUAACUAUAUGUCUGAUUACAAGCCAUGGAACGUUCACAACACUCCCAUCAAGGCUGUUCGUCCAUACAUUCCGCCUGACGUACCUAUGGAAACGCUUUCCACUCACAAGGCUGAAUACGUACCGAAAACAGGGUGCAAGGUUGAUAGUCUCAAGCCCUCAUCCGGUCCACUGUACUGCGGUCCAUUUGAUGGUCAGACCAACUACGCAAUCGACUACACACCAAAGUCACUUGGUUGCCAUUGCCCUGCUGCCUAUCUCACCAAGACCAAGAUCAGCCCUGACGGAUAUUCCUUCGAGGUAAAAAACGCCCAUGAAUUUAAUCUAGCCAAUCCAAUCACUUUAAAAAUUCAGUAA